AUGAGUGUUGCAGAAAAGAUCUAUCAUUUUCCAAUAUCAUGUACAAUAGAUGAACAAACUGGUAGGGAAUCCUGGCGUGUAUUAUACGGUGAUCCAAGGCCACCCUCAUUCGCAACAUUAUCAGCUUUGGUGAAAUAUCAUAAAAUUUAUUCUUAUAUGGAUCCAAAAACAGGUGCCAUUGAUACAUUUCCGAUUUGGAAGGAUGCUGUGAUUGAUUUUGAUAUAACUGAUUAA